AUGGGGCGGGAGCUGCAGGCAGCGGCCUUCUCCUCCCUGCUCGAGGGCAUCAAGGCGGCGGGGCUUCGGCGGAAGCUGGUGGAGCACCUGAUGCGCCAUGCGGUCGCGGAGGCUGCGGCAGCUAUCUUCCAAGGCUCGGAGCAGACCGAUCCUUUGGAGUGCGAGCCCUGCCAGGUGUUGAACAAGUUCGAGGGCACCUUGAGGCGUGCUGGCAGCUGCAUGGGCUUGGACCAGGCCGCCACCACAGAGCAAGUGCGCAAGAAACUCGUGGACAAUGGGCUGAAACACCUCGUCAAGGAAUGGUUUUCAUAUCGGGCUGGGCGACGUGCCUGCGCCCACCCUCCAGGGGACAUGCAGCAGAGGGUGCUCGCGGCGCUGAACAGCGACAGCAUGUGCAGCGAGAUCAAGCAUGGCAUGCCAACGGAGACCCAAGCGAAUGCGAAGAAGAAACACUUGGUGCGCGCAGGCCUGCGGUGA